AUGAGUCUGGUACUAGAUGAUAUCAUCCUCUCAUUAACAAAUGCUAGCGAACGAACACCUCCACAGACCCUCAAGACUACAUUGAAUCUGCUAUACGAAAAAUCGCAACAAUAUGGUCUCUCUUCACCGCAAUUACAGGCGCUCGUACGAUUGCUCUGCGAAACUUCCAUAAUAGACACUGUCACAAAAGUGUACAUCGUGGAAAAUUGUUUUUUACCCCACGAAUACUUGACUAAGGAUUUCCUUUUGGAACUUAUUAACCAUCUCGGCACGCCAACAACGUUCUCUCGAUAUCGCAUACAAACACCCCCGGUCCUUCAAUCCGCAUUGUGCAAAUGGUUGGUACAUGUCUAUUUCCUCUUCCCUGUCACUUCACAAUGUGACCACAAUAUAUUCGGUUCUAUCUGGCUGCAUUUAUGGCAAUUUUCGUUCUUGCAGAAAUGGAUAACUCCCUUAAUCGUUUGGCAAACGACUGCGCCCGUUGACGUUAAACCUUGGAAAUUAGCUAUCAUUAAGAAAUGUGCCAUGAAUCCAGGUUAUCGAGACGCUCCUGCUUCUGCAACCCUGAUUUUGCAACGAUUUCAAUGUCUCGUUGGUGCGUCUAGUCAGAUUAUCGAUCUGAUAAUAACUAUUAAUUGCAAUAGAAAGACUUUGAAAAGUCAUAAGAAUUUGAGGCUAGAUACGCAUUUUUUAUCUGCUUUGAAACAAAUUCUAUUCAAGACUCAUCCUACCGAUUUUCCCAUUGACACCGUUCAAAACACAAUUGACAUGUACCUAAAUGAAAUUCAUCAACUCGAUACCGGGACUACUCACUCACUCCAACUUCAAUCAUUUUCAAGAUAUCUACUCUCGGAUAGUACGGUAUCUCUGUGGGAUAUGACUUCUUUGGAGCAACUGACUCAAAAUUGGUUGCAUUUACAUAUCCCCAACGAUGUAGAUUCUAUGAUCGCACCAUCUUCGAAGGAUAAUUUCUUAUUGCCAUCAAAGGUCAUGUCUAGACAAUGUCUUAAACAUUUGUAUCCUAGUAUCAUUUUUAUUAGAAAUGGUCGCAAUGAGUCAUCAUCACUAUAUGACUGGUGCAUUUGGCAAUUGAAACGAUGCUUUGCACAUCAGAUAGAGGCCCCCCAAGAACUUAUUUUCACAGUCGUCUCGAUUGCCUCAAUGGACAAUGCGUUGUCUUCUCGGAUUGUCCAAACUUUUUGUAACUUGAAACAUUUAAAGCUCGACGAGUUCACGUUGAAAAAGAUUUGUUGCGGGAUCUUGCCGUUAUGGAAACCCGAAUUGAUCAGUGGUACAAGAGAGUUCUUUGUUAAGUUUAUGACUGGUGUGCUUAUGUGGAGCACGCAAUAUGAUCGCGAUAAUAAUCAAACGUUUCCGGAGAUUUGUUUUUACGUUCUACAAAUGAUUUCAAAUUGGGCUUUCGAUGACAAACUGAUAAUGCUAGGAUUGACACUGCUUCAUGAUAUACAAAGUUUGCUUGCUCUGGACAAAGUUUUCAACAAUGUUACUUCAAACAGGUUUUCUGCAAUGGCCUUUAUCAGUUCGCUAGAUGUUCUGACCCAGUUGUCGGCACAGACGAAAUCAGACUAUGAAAUCCAAUAUUUGAUAGUAGGACCCAACAUCAUGAACAAAAUCUUCACCUCAGAUGAUCCAUUACUACUGUCAGCCUCAUGCAGAUACUUGGUUGCCACGAAGAAUAAGUUGAUGCAAUACCCGCCAACAAACAAAUUUGUUCGAAUGCAAAAUCAAUAUAUCAUGGAUUUGACUAACUAUCUCUACAGAAAUAAAGUGUUCUCGUCCAAAACUUUAUUUGGUGUUCCAGUGGAUUUCUUCAAACCAAUCUUGGAUAAUAUAUACAUACCAACUACAGAUUUCAAGAAUCUUAAAUUUUUCACGAUAACCGGUAUACCAGCACUAUCAUACACAUGUAUUACUAUUCUAAGACAAUUGGAAAAGACCGAAAAUACGAGAAUAAAAUUCACCAGCGUUAUUAUUAAUGAGGAGACUUUCAAAGAUUUCGCUCGGGAGAAACACGAUGAAAUUGCCCAGCACAGUUGGAUAAAUGGCGUGACUAACAUUCACGACUUGAAAGUAAAAAUCUUAAAGCAUUUCAAUCAGGCUGCUAAUCCCUAUAAGGACAUUGCAGUAUUCCUGUUCACAUAUUUGAAGAGUCUUUCGAAGUAUAGCCCUCAAAAUUCCUAG